CAGCAAACCAGCCUAUGUUUCCGUCUUUUAUCUUCUCAUCAAGUGAGCUCAUACACCGAUGAGAAACCCUUUCCUUCCCCCCCUCUCCAACAUAUGGCCACCCUCAAACACCUCGCCCGGCACCUCCCCAAGAUGGCGCGCACAACAACCACAACCGCCACCGCCGCCGCCACCACCACCACCACCAGCCUAGAGCAGGCCAACGCCGCCGCCGCCGCCGCCCAGAUAGCCUUCUUCCGCGCCAUCCCGUGGUGCGCCGCACACCUGGCCGCCCGGCCCAACCUGGUCAUCGAGCAGGCGCUCUCGCGGCGCCUCGGCCAGGGCCCCGGCGACACGCUCGUCUCGCGCACGCUCAACACGCCCGAGACGGUCGGCGCGUACGUCGUCUUCUACGAGCGGCCGCGCGCGUCUGCUUCUUCUCCCGCUGCUGGUGGUGCUGCGGCUUCGAACACCGAGCAGGCCCGGCCACCGGUGGAGGAGGACCCAGCCUUGGCCCAGCCCCAGGGCCAAAGCCCAAGCCCAAGCCCGAGCUCAAGCCCAAACCAAAAUCCCACCCAGCCCCAGCCUCAGAACCAACCGCCGCCAGGCCUCAUCACCCAAGUGCAAUCCCUCAUCGCCCUGGGCCCACAGCUCAACGGCUGGCCGGGCAUCUGCCACGGCGGCGUGGUCGCCACGCUGCUGGACGAGGUCAUGGGCCAGAUCUUCGCGCUGAACCGCGCGCACGGGCUGCUCGCGCCGCCGCCCGUCAUGACGGCGUACCUCAACACGCGGUUCGAGAGGCCCGUCCGGACGGGGCCAGGGACUGGGCCGCUGACGGGGACGGGGACGGGGAGAGCAAAAAAUGGGGAAGGGGAUGAUGGGCACGGGGAAGGGGAAGGGGUGGUGCUGGUUACCGCGCGGUUGGUGAGGAACGAGGGGCGGAAGUACUGGGUCGAAGCGGACGUGAGGGGGCGAGAGGGGGAGGUGUUGGCGACGGGCGAGGCGCUGUUUAUUAUGCUGCGGGAGAAGUUGUGAGUGGGUGUAAGGUCAACUCACGCCAAGGAGGCUCGUUGCUGGAUGUUGAACGGGAUAGACGCGGCGUUACGCUGGGAUAGACGGCCCAGUUAGUGGCGUUGGACCCCUUUUGCGGUUAUUGAGCUGAUUCUUACGGAGGACGCCGAUGUUGGAAGGUCUUAGGGGCUGUUGCAUUGAAACUCG